GUGUCGUGUGUGUGCUGUGCAGUAGUCAAACAGGACAGAUACCGCAGCAGCGCAGAGUGCGGAGCGCAGCAAAAAAGCAAAAGCGGCGCGCGGUUGCGGCUAGGCAGGCAGGUUGCAUCAGGUACAAGUCGGGCCACAGCCACAGUCAGUCAGUCAUCAGGCAGGUUCGCAGCGAGCAGCAUCAGCCAUGGCGGAGGACCACUUUGAGAACGCGGCCCAGUUCGAGCCCAGUGCCGCCGAGCAGGUCUCCUUCCAAAAGCAGCAGCUCACGAAUCAGCGCAACGAGACGCUUUUCUGCCGCUACUGGAAGCCCAAGGGUAGCCCCAGGGCAGCUGUGAUGCUGAUGCAUGGCUAUGCCGAACAUCUCAGAUGGUACCACGAGGUUGGAGUUCAGCUGGCCAACGAGGGUUUUAUCGCGUUCGGCCAUGACCACAUUGGACACGGUCGCAGUGGAGGCGACAGGGUGAUUUUGGACAACGUGGAGGACAUGGUCGAUGACAUUAUCAAACACGCAGACAUAGUGUGCGAACAUUACCCCGACAUUCCCCUCUUCUUUGUUGGUCACAGUAUGGGUGGCCUCGUUGCCUUUUUAUCAGCCUUGAGGAGACCACCUCGGCUGAAGGGUGUGGUGCUCAAUGGCCCCUUCCUGCAGUUAGGAAAGGAUGUGAGGUCACCCGUCCGCAGAUUCGCUGCCAGAAUCCUUGGUCGAAUCCUACCCACUGUACAGGUAGGGAAGCUGGAAAUGGACCACGUGACCGGUGACAAGGAAAUGAUCAAAGUGAUCAUCGAUGAUCCUCUCUGGUGGACCGGCGGCAUCAAGCUGAAAACCGGCUGUGCCUUGUUGAAUUGCGUAGAGAAAGUCCACGAAAAGUUUCCCAUGUUUGAUGUGCCUUUUUUGAUAAUCCACGGCUCGACUGAUAAGAUUUGCAGCGUUGAGGGUUCGCAAGACUUGCUCAAACAAUCUCCUUCCAAAGAUAAGCAAAUCAAGCUUUACGAUGGCGCCCAGCACCACUUGUACAUCGAUAGCAAACCUGUGAGAGAGGCUGCCGUUCGAGACACCGUCCAGUGGGUGCGCGAGAGAGUAUGAUGUGCACUUUUUACAGCUGCACAAGGAUUUUAUUGCAUAUAUGCUGUAUUCCUUGCCUUUUUGUCUAGAACAAGUUGAAAGUCUGAAAGUAAAAAAUGGUACUUUAAAUCGUAAUUAUUUUUCAAUAAAAAAUUUCAUAGCCGAAAAA